UCCUGCUCGGCUGCUGCCUGGAAGGAAGGAGGUGGCUGCUCCACUGCAGCCACUGGGCCAGGCAGCGGCCGGCACUCGGGGCCAAGGGAGGCUGUGGCUGCCUGGAGCAGGACACCACUCCCGGGGCUCCCGGAAGAUUAAGGAGAUCCAGGGAAGAAAGCUCCCUGCGGUGCAGGAGUCGAGUCCUCAUGGCCUCGCUGAGCCGAGCCCUGCGUGUGGCCGCCCCAUGUCUGCGCCGGAGCCCUGCCCAGGGCCCAGGGCUGCGACCCCUGGCCAGUGGGGCGGGCCCUACCAUCGAGAAGAGCGUACCGUACCAGCGGACUCUGAAGGGGGCUCAGGACCCCUCGGCGGCGGCCCGAGGCCCAAGCAGGCCCCUGCCCAGCACAGCCAGCGUGGUGGUCAUCGGCGGGGGCAGUCUGGGCUGCCAGACCCUGUACCACCUGGCCAAGCUGGGCGUGAGCGGGGCGGUGCUGCUGGAGCGGGAGCGGCUGACCUCCGGGACCACCUGGCACACGGCGGGCCUGCUGUGGCAGCUGCGGCCCAGUGACGUGGAGGUGGAGCUCCUGGCCCACACGAGGCGCGUGGUGAGCCGCGACCUGGAGGAGGAGACGGGGCUGCACACAGGCUGGAUCCAGAACGGGGGCCUGUUUAUAGCGUCCAACCGGCAGCGCCUGGAUGAGUACAAGAGGCUCAUGUCGCUGGGCAAGGCCUACGGCGUGGAGUCUCACGUGCUGAGCCCGGCAGAGACCAAGGCACUGUAUCCGCUGAUGAAUGUGGACGACCUCUUCGGGACCCUGUACGUGCCGCACGACGGUACCAUGGACCCCGCCGGCACCUGCUCCACCCUCGCCAGGGCCGCCACUGCCCGGGGAGCGCAGGUCAUCGAGAACUGCCCGGUGACCGGCAUCCGUGUGCGGACGGAUGAUUUUGGGGUGCGGCGGGUCGCGGCCGUGGAGACAGAGCACGGCUCCGUCCAGACGCCCUGCGUGGUCAACUGUGCAGGAGUGUGGGCGGGCGCCGUGGGCCAGAUGGCUGGAGUCAAGGUCCCGCUGGUGGCCAUGCACCACGCCUAUGUCGUCACCGAGCGCAUUGAGGGGAUCCAGAACAUGCCCAAUGUCCGUGAUCACGACGCCUCGGUCUACCUCCGCCUCCAAGGGGAUGCCUUGUCUGUGGGCGGCUAUGAAGCCAACCCCAUCUUCUGGGAGGAGGUGUCGGACAAGUUUGCCUUUGGCCUCUUCGACCUGGACUGGGAUGUGUUCGCCCAGCACACUGAAGGUGCCAUCCGCCGGGUUCCCGUGCUGGAGAGGACAGGGGUUAAGUCCACAGUCUGUGGCCCAGAGUCAUUCACUCCAGACCACAAGCCCCUGAUGGGGGAGGCGCCCGAGCUGCGCGGGUUCUACCUGGGCUGCGGCUUCAACAGUGCAGGAAUGAUGCUGGGCGGGGGCUGUGGGCAGGAGCUGGCCCACUGGAUCGUCCACGGGCGCCCGGAGAAGGACAUGCACGGCUAUGACAUCAGGCGCUUCCAUCACUCGCUCACAGACCACAGCCGCUGGAUUCGCGAGCGCAGCCACGAGUCCUACGCCAAGAAUUACUCCGUUGUCUUCCCCCACGAUGAGCCCCUGGCCGGACGCAACAUGAGGAGGGGCCCCCUGCACGAGGAGCUCCUCGCGCGAGGCUGCGUGUUCCAGGAGCGGCACGGCUGGGAGCGGCCGGGAUGGUUUAGUCCCCAAGGCGCCGCGCCGGUGCUGCCUUACGACUACUGCGGGGCCUACGGGAACCGGGCACACGAGGACUACGCCUACGGCCGGCUGCUGGCGGCCGAGCACACCUUCGACUUCCCGCCCCACCACGACGUGAUCAAGAAGGAGUGCCUGGCCUGCAGAGGGGCGGCCGCCGUGUUCGACAUGUCCUACUUCGGGAAGUUCUACCUGGUGGGCCCAGACGCGAGGAUGGCUGCCGACUGGCUCUUCUCGGCCGACGUCAGCCGGCCCCCAGGCACGACAGUGUACACCUGCAUGCUGAACCACCGGGGCGGCACUGAGAGCGACCUGACCGUCAGCCGCCUGGCCCCCGGCCCCCAGGCCUCCCCGCUGGCCCCUGCCUUUGAAGGGGACGGCUACUACCUGGCCGUGGGCGGGGCUGUGGCCCAGCACAACUGGUCCCACAUCACCACGGUGCUGCAGGACCGGGAGUUCCGGUGCCAGCUCAUCGACAGCUCCGAGGACCUGGGCCUGAUCAGCGUCCAGGGCCCGGCCAGCCGGGCCAUUCUCCAAGAAGUGCUUGAUGCAGAUCUGAGCAACGAGGCCUUCCCUUUCUCUACCCACAAGCUGGUGAGAGCCGCCGGGCAGCUGGUCCGGGCCAUGAGGCUGUCCUUCGUCGGGGAGCUGGGCUGGGAGCUGCAUGUCCCGAGGCUGUCCUGCCUGCCCGUGUACCGGGCUGUGAUGGCAGCGGGGGCCAAGCACGGCCUCGUCAACGCCGGGUACCGGGCCAUCGACUCCCUGAGCAUCGAGAAGGGGUACCGACACUGGCACGCUGACCUGCGGCCCGACGACAGCCCCCUGGAGGCGGGCUUGACCUUCACCUGCAAGCUGAAGUCCGCCAUCCCCUUCCUGGGGCGCGAGGCCCUGGAGAGGCAGCAGGCCGAGGGCCUCCGCCGGCGUCUGGUGUGCUUCACCGUGGACGAGAAAGUGCCCAUGUUUGGCCUGGAGGCCAUCUGGAGGGACGGCCAGGUGGUGGGCCAUGUCCGGAGGGCCGACUUUGGGUUCACUGUCGGCAAGACCCUGGCCUACGGCUACAUCAGGGACCCCAGCGGUGGGCCGGUCUCGCUGGACUUCGUGAAGAGUGGGGACUACGCCCUGGAGAGGAUGGGGGUGACCUACCCUGCCCAGGCUCACCUGAAGUCUCCCUUCGACCCCGACAGCAGGAGAGUGAAGGGGAUCUACUGACAGGCUGGCCACCGGGCAGGGCCUUGCUGAUCAGGGGGCCAGCGUCCUGCCACCCCGUCCCGUGUGGUCUGCCCCCACAGGCCCGCGCCGCCCUGGGCCCCAGGACCUGGACCCCAGCCAGAAUCUGGGUCCCCCUGCCCUCAGUUGAGGCCUGCUAACCACCCCCCAACAGAUGCAGACAAGGAGGGAGGGAAGAGGACCCAGAAGGCCCCUUCUGUGGUCACUGACCAGAGAGCGGUCGCAGUCCACCCCACCCCCAAACCAGCCCGGAUGCCUUGGGCUCGGGACCACGCGUGGAGCCGCAUGCGCUUCUGGGAAGGUGCUUAGUAAACACUGAAUGAGGCGGGAGUCAGAGCAAGGAGGUGCGGGACUUCCCAACGUGCCCCGCUCCCGAGCAGCGGGGUGUGUCUGGAGUUGGGGCCGCGUGGGGAUUGACUAGUACUGUCUGCCGGGGCGCAGCAGGGGCAGCGGAGAGCGCGGCGCCCACAGUCCAGGCUGGCGGGACGGUCUGCUUCCCAGAUGCUGGGAGGGGCUGGGAAUCCAGAAAGCAGCCCUUCCUGCCUGACACCGCAGCCCUUCACACGGGAAAGUCCCCUGAGUGUUCCCAGCCUGAGAUCAGCGCAGGAGGGGGGAGGGGGCUCUCAGGUGGGCCCUGCCCUCGCCUGGGCAGAAGCUCCCUCUCCUGCCCUGGCCUCCCCAGAGCCCCCCUCGCUGGGUCUGGAGAGGGAGGCAGGCUGCUGGGUAAGAAGCGGCGUGAUCCUCCUGGCCAGGGCACGGCUCCGGUCCUCGUCUCCCCGCUCUCCCGCGGCCCCGGGGAGGGACCCACGGAGGGCCUUGGGGGCUCCCCGCCCCCUUCUCGGGGCCUUCGGGCUCUCAUCUGUGCAUCGAGAGGAGCCCUGCCUCCCUGCCGGGGAUGGUGCCCGGCCCAGGGCCCAGGCAGCCCCAGCAAAGCUGCCCCGCAUGGCCGUGCCCCGUGGGGAGCAGCGGCGGCAGACACCCAGUCACCCGAGGGAAGGCCUGUGGUAACUGGGGCGCGGGUGGUCCCCGGCGGGCCCGGGCUGCUCUCAGGUGCCCCACACCGCGCAGCCCCGCUGUGGACGGGGCCAGAACAGGCCAGGCUAAUAACGUCAAGGCCACGGGAGGUCGUUUGGGCUUCAGCUGGGCUUUGGAAAGUUCAUUUGGGUCCCUCACCAGACCACGGGCUGGGGGGUAGGGUCCUCUGUCUUUCACCUCCUCGGGCAGAGGAAUGCCUGCAGGGCCCUGCUGACAGGCGGGCCUGGGUCCUGCACGGGAGGGCCUGGGAGAUGCCGAGGGGGACCCAUGAGGCCCCAGGAGGGGAGGGCAGCCGGCUCCCCAGGUGGCCUGGCCUGCUUCCCCUGGUCCGCGCACAUGUCCAAUCCACCGCCAUCCUUGUGGGAGGCACAGGACGAGGCAGGGUCGGACUCAGGUUCCACCCGACUCCAUCCUGGGGGCUGAGCUCAGAAACAGAAACGUCCACACUCA